GAAGCCAGCUAUGAGAGGCCAGGAGAGAUGGAUGCGGAGGGGAAGCCGAACUUUAACUGAGAGCAAGGUCAGGAGCGCGCUGCCCCACGCUCCCCGCCGCUGAGAAGUUCUUUGGACGCGAACAGACGUGUGCUGCAACUGGGCAGAGCGCGGAGCCGAGCAGCGAGCGAGCGAGCAAGCGAGCGCCGCCGACCCGCCCGCCCGCGCCCGCCGCCAAGACAGGCAGUUCGCGCCCCGGGGCCCCGGUUCGGCCCGUGCCGCCGCCGGCCCCGCCAUGGCGGAGGUCGGGGGCGUCUUUGCCUCCUUGGACUGGGACCUGCACGGCUUCUCCUCCUCUCUGGGGAACGUGCCCUUAGCUGACUCCCCGGGUUUCCUGAACGAGCGCCUGGGCCAGAUCGAGGGGAAGCUGCAGCGCGGCUCGCCCACAGACUUCGCCCACCUGAAGGGGAUCCUGCGGCGCCGCCAGCUCUACUGCCGCACCGGCUUCCACCUUGAGAUCUUCCCCAAUGGCACGGUGCACGGCNCCCGCCACGACCACAGCCGCUUCGGAAUUCUGGAAUUUAUCAGCUUGGCUGUGGGGCUGAUCAGCAUCAGGGGAGUGGACUCUGGCCUGUACCUAGGAAUGAAUGAGCGAGGAGAGCUCUAUGGAUCGAAGAAACUCACACGUGAAUGUGUUUUCCGGGAACAGUUUGAAGAAAACUGGUACAACACCUAUGCCUCCACCUUGUACAAACACUCGGACUCGGAGAGACAGUAUUAUGUGGCCCUGAAUAAAGACGGCUCACCCCGGGAGGGAUACAGGACUAAACGACACCAGAAAUUCACUCACUUUUUACCAAGGCCAGUAGAUCCUUCUAAGUUGCCCUCCAUGUCCAGAGAUCUCUUCCGCUAUAGGUAAUGGACCUGUGGUGCCACCUCUGUGACCCAUGUACUCUGUGACCAUGGUUGGCUCUGCAAACACUAUACUCAUAGCUUUUCAAUCCUUCCUUCCUAUCAAUUAGAUAACAGAGAAGCACUCACUGUUCAAUGUGACCCAGCUGUCCCCUUGUUCAAAGUGUAUAUCAAGGUUGGGUUAUUUUGGGGAGGGACGUGGGGGAGGGGUGGUUCUGAGGGAAACUUGUAUAUACUUUUUGUUUUACUCAUGUUCUUUCCCGAGAUGUGGCAUGACAAAGAACAAGGGCCCCCACUAAGGGCCAAGGCUGUCUUGCCUCACAAUCUACCCAGAUACCUUGAGAUGGGGUACAAAUGAAAGACCAAGGAAUCUGCCACAGAUGCUACCUAAAGAGCUUUGGGAAAGUGUUAUUUGGAAAAUCCUAGGGGCUCCAACCCUGCUGCAAGCCAUCCCUACCCUGGCUCUGCAGAUCUCUCAUUCGUCCUGACAUGCAGUUUUCCUGCCACCGGAAGUGGGAGAUAUGGGGUAGGUUGUAAGGAAAUGAUAUUAAAAUGUAAGCGUGGAUACUGUGCAUAAGGACAAACUAUUUAUAAAAUGUAUAUGCUAUUUAUUUUAUAUAUUUAUUUAUUUCAAAAUAAUUUUAUUUUUAAUGAGAGAUGCUAUGACUGGAUUUUCUUCAGAAAGAAUAAGGUCCUACUGAAACAGGAAAAAUGAGUUAUUAAAGGCUUUUAUUUGGCAAUAAAAUUGUCUUUAUAUUAUAA